AUGGAGAACUACAAUGGAUUAGUGCAGAAGGAAAGAGCUCAAUAUCAGAGGAUUCUUCCGUCGGUCUCGGCCAAACCCUCUAUCGCACAGCAGACGCAGAAUGCUCGUCGUUUAGCCGGUAGCGUAGUGCGAGAAGAAAUGGACGAAGUGAUCGUCGAGCUAGUCAAUAGCUACCCCGCAGACAGUGAGAAGGCUGCUCUACGUGUGGUUCUCGAGUCUUAUCGUGCAAAGCAGUUGCGAAGUGCGUGUGUGAAGCGGAGCUUAAUCCCACAGCGUCACUCGUCAACAGAAGACAACAAGCAGGGCUUCAUUAAUCUCCUGUGCAAAUACCGUUCAGAAAAGGUCAAUGGCGAGAGGUGUACCGACACUGACAACAAUACGUUAACCAGCGAUGGUUGCCAUGAAAACAAGCGGUGCCGUCUGUGUCCAGAAGAACGCACCGCUAACGAAGACGAGAUCGUAGAGCGACGGUCAGGCUACGAUUCGGUGACGAAGGCUUCUACUGCUGUUCAAAGUGCGCUAACGACGCUUAAAAUGCUCAAGGAUAGUAAUGCUAGUGACGAGAUGGUGCGCGAAGCUGAGCAAAAGGUGGAUGUACUUGUUCGUCGUUGGAUGGCGGAGAUGGAUCCGAAGUAA